AACGAUCAGAUCAGUUUUUGUGUGAUCAACGUGCAGUACACACGUUAUUCUCUCCGCUCCACAAUAACCGCCCACCGAACGAUUGCAUCCAAAAGUCUGCUGCAGAGUGCCGCCGUGGUACGUCGAUUUCUUGACCAUUACUAACAUAGCUUGACUUUGACUUCAACUUCAUCAAAAUGAUUUGCGACGUCCUGUUCAGCAAACGCAAGGCUGCCACCAAGGAGCACAGCAUUCUGUCCUUCCUUUAUUCCGCCGUCAACUAUGCUGUCGUACUGUUGGGAGUCCUGGUGACUAAUCCGGUCUUUUUCGUGCCGUUUUUAAUGUUGUACCUGGGCAUGAAGCUGAUCGGAUCGGGCCCCUAUUGCAUCGACACCUGGUUCGGAAACGUGGAAAUCAACUUGGCCAAAUGCCUGUCAGGCAUGUUCGUGCUGUUCAACUGGUUCAUCGUGCUGAGCCUCAUGUCAUCGAAGUUUAAUUGCGGCGUCUGUCUGGCAAUAUGCAAUGCAGAUACCAGAUGCUUCGUCUAGAAACCUACAAGGCACUUAUACAUUUUCAUAUACAUUUUAUACACUUUAUACAUCACACGUAUAAUCCAAUUAUGGAUUAUCAUUUGCCAUAUACAUACUUUAUACAUAUUAUAUUUGUUGAACUGAGUCUAUUCACAUAUACCUACAAGCUUCUUAUGUACGAAUAUUUGGCUACUAUUACCGUAAAUUUGAAAUGAUUUAUAAUCAAUGAAUACUUUUACCUCCUGACUAAACAAUUACAUUCAAAAUCAUCAUGUUUUAUGUAUCUGUACUAUGAUUUAUAUUACCUCUGUAUAUUUUACCAAAUUUUAAUUGUGUACAAUUCUGAAAACAACACAUGCAAUAAAAUAUUAUUGAACAUUGAA